GGGAGGAGGAGGAGGAGGGGGCCCGACGCUAAUUCCGAACUGGCUGGCUGAGAGGGGCUGGAGUCCUCCGUCCACCGACACAGCGGCUCGGCAAAGAGGCUUAUCCGAGGAGCGUUGCUGACGCGUUCAGGAGAGCACCGCCGGUAAAAAGUGCGCUUUUAGACGGGUCGUGUUUAUUUUACGAAUUUUCACCUUUCUGUUCAAAUUCAGAUUUCGCAAACGUUAGCAUUUUACUAUUUGCUCGGCUGAAUUUGAAUGGAGCGAUGUCCAGCGGAGACGGCGCACAUUGCGAUGGGACGCGGGUUGUUGUGCUGACGGGACUCGGCGCCGGGGACCAGGACCUGAUCGAAAAUCACUGGUAAUCGAUCUCAAAUCAUGUGUCGUCGUUAUUGACGGAAUGCGAGAAGCAGCGGUUGUGUCCGAGACUCGUGCAGGAUUUUUACCUUUAAAAGAUUAGCGAGGGCAUUCAGUUCAUGCACGGGUUGCCAUAGCAUCACAUUAAUAUUUUCCUUUUCAUCACCGGCCUGUUGAAGAGGAGGGCAGAGCGAUACUUUCACGUUUUGAACGAUGCAUUUGAACACGAUUCCGCAAAUGAGGCUCGGUUAAAUGAGUUUUGACAGUUAAUUUCAAGCCGCCGUUUCAAAGAACUGAGACUCACAGCCAAAGACAGUCAUGGCUAAAAAUCCGUCCGAGGGAGCGAAGGAUGAUCUGAGCCAGCUGACGGACGAGGAGCUGCUGCGGUGCAGCAAAGACGAGCUGGUCCGGAGAUUGAGGAGGGUCGACAGCGAGAAGAUGAACUUGAUGAUCGAGCACGGCAACAUGAUGAAAGACAUCAACCGGCGGCUGCAGGUGCACCUGCACGAAAUCCGGAGCCUGAAGGAGAUCAAUCAGAAGCUGCAGGAUGACAACCAUGAGCUGCGGGAGCUCUGCUGCUUCCUGGACGACGACCGACAGAAGGGCAAGAAGCUGUCCCGGGAGUGGCAGCGCUUCGGCCGCUACACCGCCAGCGCCAUGUGGAAGGAGGUGGGCACCUACAUGAUGAAGCUGAAGGAGCUGGAGGCCAACCAGGACACCGUGUUGAGGGAGAACUCUGAGCUGAAGGAGAUCAUCCUCAUGCUGGACGAGGAGAGGAACGGAGCCGGGUCCAGGAGCUCCAUAGACAGUCAGUCCAGUUUAACCAACCUGAACGGUGGCAGCGGCACGGUCAGGGAUGUGGGAGACGGGAGUAGCACGUCCAGCACAGGUAGCGCAGGGAGCCCCGAUCACCACAAUCACAACCACAUACACAAGCCCACCUCAGAGAACAGUAAGUUGGGCCCCACCAUGAGGAGGUCCAUGGAUGACCUGUCAGCACCGCACCAUCACAGGAGCAUCCCCAAUGGACUUAAUGAUUCCUCCUCCAACUACAUCAGGCAGCUGGAGACUAAAGUGCGGAUCCUGGAGGACGAUAACAACAAGCUCCUCUCGCAGGCUUAUAGCCGGUAUAGUUUAUCACAGAUACAGACGAAAAAGCAGUGUAACCCAGGUGACCUUCGUGCCCUGAGGAAGGGAAUGACCCUCUACCACUCAGAGUCCCAGCUGUCCUCACUGCCCCAGCGCCAGGACGCCAUGCACAUGGGCACUGGCCGUCUCCCAACCAGCGAGUCCUCUCCAGCCACAGGCUACCUGUCCUGCGUCCAGAAGCCUGAGGCCGUGGUGCACGCCAUGAAGGUGCUGGAGGUCCACGAGAACCUGGACAAGCAGGUUCCUGAGGACUAUGAGGACGACCUCAGCGAGAAGGAGAAGGCCAUUGUGCGAGAGAUGUGCAACGUGGUGUGGAGAAAGCUGGGCGAUGCAGCAGGAUCAAAGCUGUCCAUCAGACAGCACCUCUCUGGGAACCAGUUCAAAGGGCCGCUGUAGCAUGGCAACCAGAGAGAGAGAGAGAGAUCAGGAUUUACAGUACCUACACUCGCCUGAAAACACCUCUUACUACCUGCGCCUACACAACCCAUCAUGCCGUGCUCCCUACUGCCUACAGCACCCAGCAUUCUCUUGAGACUGGCUCAGAUAGCAAUUAAAUGGACCUGUUAGUCUGUUAUUCACAUGUACAAACAUGUUUUUAUCUCUCAGAGCUGACGACGCGGUGACAACUGGCAGCUAGUUUCACUAAUUCGCCACUUUUCUUUGUUGAUUUGGAGGCUUCCGGCCACACGACGAUCUCUCUCUGUAAAAGCUGUAAACACACACACCACUUGUAGUCCUUCAUAGCAUAGCUGUGCUACACCAAGCUAGCGAUUUGACAUGGUUUCAAGCACAGACCUGAUGAGGCCGCAGGGGCAGAAAUCGCUUCCCAUGUCGCUGGGAUGUGGAGGCAGCGUUGUGGCGGUAUCUUCAGAUAAGUUUUGAUAGUACCUCCUAUAGAGACCCUAGCUCCUGUCACAUAUAUCGCCCCCUAGUGGUCAACGAGUAUAACUAGCAUUAGGAUUCUAAAGUGUUAACUAAUGUGAAACCCACUGUGACCUAGCGCCUUUUGCUCAUAAGACAAGUCUAUGGAUAAUAAAGUCUAGAGAUCACUGUUAACUUGUGUAUAUUAUGUAUAAAACCAUAGCACUACUUCAUUGUUAUUGUUGAUUUUACUUUUAUCUAUUUUGUAUUCUAGCGUGGCCAUGUGAUCAAUUAUUUAGUUUGAUAAGCACACACAACCAGACCUUAAACAGGGUUUGCUUUUGGUAAAAAAAAAAAUGUAAUCUUCUUUUUGUUUGUUUUUUAUUCUUUUCCAGAUUGAUUGCUAUUAUUCCUUCUCUCUGUAACCUCUGAAAAUGUAUCAAGGCCAUUCUGAAUCAAACCAUCUCCAUGGGCUAAUGGAUAGAUAAUUUUCUUACUUAUUAGCUAAAAUUGUAUGCUGUGUGCAUGCUUGACAAUCAUUUUCUCAGGUUGGGAGGGCUACAGCUUUACCUUCGCCCAUCUGUGAGCGCAAGCGACGGUGUGUGUGUGUGUGUGUGUGUGUGGGCGUGCAUGUGUGUGUGCAAGGAAGAGUGAAUGGUUCUCCUGCAGCUGUAGCAUCUGCCUGUGAAUCCUCUUUUCCUCUAUUGAACCCUGGUUACAGCUCGGUUGAAGACUGCUGAAGGCAUUUGCUGAAUCCAUGCAAAAGGCUUUGUCCCAUUAACGGUGAUGAAACGUUCAAGGCCAAAUACUAAACCCCAAGUUCAGGUUGGAUAACAUUUUUGGAUUGUGCCCAAUUCCUUGUUUAUCAUUUUAUAUCUCAGUCGAUGGGGGGAAAAAGUGCUUUUCCUAAGCUCAGUCCUUUUUUGUUGUCAUGGAUUCAGCAGGUGUGUUUAUGCAGCGCAUGUUUCUUAAAGUUGAAUCUUUUUUUCUUAGAAUAUGAGCGAUAAGUCUUCCCUUAGAUGUCUCCUGAAACACUAACAUUUAAAAAAUGAGUAUUUCUUGAUGUCAGAGUGAACAAACAAUGUUUGUCGAAGUAUUUAUUGCCAGGUGUCAGAUAGAGAUGGGAGAGCUAUCCGAGACUGGACAGUCAUAUUUUAAAUGUAUCAGAUGUAUUAUUUGAUAGAUUAGUUUAGUGACUGACGGCUCCGGCUCUCCCAUCUCUAGUGCUAUUUGUUCCAAAUUAGAACAUUUCUGAGGCUGCCCGCCAUGCAUCUCUGUUCUCUCCAAUAAUGGGUCAAAAUAAAUCGAAGUAUGGUUUUUUAAAAGUGUCCUUUUUUCUAGGAACUAAUUUGAAGCCAUGAUACAAUUUUGAAUACUUUAUAUAUGGCAUUUGAUUUGAAAUGUGCCACAUUUUUUCUGCAUGGUGUUUUGAUUUGGAACACAACUGUCUUUUUUUUUUAAAAACAUCUAUAGUGUUUCUUUUUUCCGGCCUAUAUGCUAAAACCACAGUACAGAAUCCUAGCAUCUACAGUGUAAAUGUCAGUUCCUGUAGUAACUAGCAUGGCUGUAACUUCAUGAAUUUCACUGAUGAGAUGAAUAUUUGGCAGGUGAAAAGAAAACAUGAAAUAGGCCACUUUUAGAAAAAAUUGGGAGAAAAUAAACAAAGUUGG